AUGGAUAUCGACUGCAAUGACUAUCUAAGGAUGAGAGAUAUUAAAAUAUCAGAACCAAUAUCUCAUCAAAAGAUAGUGCAACUUGAAAUUCUGAUCCAUUGGAUCUUUAUGGUUUUUUAUUAGUAGUAUUUUAGAUUUCUGAGAAAAAUACCCUUAAUACCAAAACAAUAGAAUUGGCUGCAAUUUUAAUAAAGAUUUAUGUUUCUCAAAAGCAGAUGCAACCGGAUAAUUUAAAAUUAUUGGGAAUAGCCUCAUUAAUGAUUGCAGUCAAAGUAAACUAGUUUUUAAUAUCUUAAAUAAGUUUAAUGAAUGUCAAACCUAAAUCAAUAUGAACAUAGACGAUUGUGCAUCACAAUGUAACUUUGAAUUUAGUUCUAAAUAAAUAUUGGAAAUGGAAAUGAGCAUUCUGACACUUGUGGAGUAUGAUGUAAAUAUCACCACAAUAACUGACUAUUACAAUCAACAGGCAGUUCAUUCUGAUCUUAUUUUGUUUGUCACUCUAGAUUCAGACUUCCUUUACUAUUAAAAAUACGAAUUGUAUGAAGCUAUAACCAAUUUUUAUUCUUAAGAUACAGAAAAUAUACCAAUGCAAAUUAAAAAUGUAUGAAUUCAACAAAAAGUAGGUUAUCUAAAAAAUAAACCAGAAGAUAUAAAAAUUGACAUCAACUGAAAGUUAGCAAAUUCCAUCAAUCAGAAGAAAGAGGAUCUUUAAAAGAAAAUUCAGAAGUGCUAAAUAAUAAGUCACUUCAAACAACAUGCAGUGAAAAUAUGAUUUCAAUUACAAUUUAUGAUUAAAAUCACCAAAUCGGUG